AUGAUGUCCCCGAGUCCGAUUAUGCAUGCCCCAUCUUCACCAGAUUCUCCGAUUUUCAGUCCACCAAGCUCAGUUGAUCGAAAUUUAACUACGAGGCAGCUUCAAUUCUUGCCGGCAGUAAUACCUCACUUGGGUGACCAGGAUACGAUAAUAUUCUCCAAGGUGGCUAAUACAGAGGCGACCAUGGAUGAUGAACCAGUUGUCCGUUUUAAGGACGUUCAUGCAUUAAAAAUAGGACAGGAGGAUGGACAGGAUGGCCAGGUAUAUCCUCGCAGUUCCAUGGUAGAAAACCUCUUGGCUGAUAUCUAUGAGCGACGACAGGAUUGUCUGGGUUUCAGUUCACUACCGCUAGGAGAAAGCAGCGCCAAUGAAGCGACGAGUCUUCAGGUCUCCGAACUUCGAGUUCUUCGAGUUGCGCGAAACUCUGCCAGACUUACCAGCCUCCAUUUAAAUGAUGGCCUAUCGCAGAAUCAGAGCUCGAAUGAUAACCAAACUUCACACUUUUUGCCUACUAGCCGCGCUAAAACCAGCCACUUAACCAGGCUUAAGCCUCCGUCAUCACCAUCCAUUCAAAAUAUAGGAAAAUUACAGCUUCACCGAUCCAAACUUCCAGCAGGUAGUAACGACCAUUUUAGUGUUAAAGAUACUUCUGGAAAGGCACGCCAAAAGGAGGCCGGCCAAGAGGGAUCAUGCAAAGGACCAACGUCAGUUUACUUAGUUAAAGGAAAGCCUGAAAAAAAGCCAAGCGAAUCCUUAUUCAUUGACGUUCCUCAUGUAUUGAGCAAAGCUGAAGCGCUCAAAUGUUCUCCUUGCUUCCAUAAAUCUGUGCUUACUACUCAGCCUGGCGUUUGUGACAACUUAAAAUUGGACACAAGCCAUCUUCAAAAUCGAUUCAUCGCCUAUGGUAAGUGUUGCAUUUUUCAUAUUUGCUAUUUUGCAUGA